GUACAACAAUUCGCUUUACGUCUUCGGUGGCUACGACGGCCAACAGCGGCUCAACGAUUUUUGGCAGCUGGGAGAACCGAGGACCGGGACACGUCAGCCUUUGAAGCCGGUGAAGCUUGGUGAUUACAGGUUCAAGCUUGCCACAGAAGUCAACAUUGACAUUCCCAGCAGCUCCCUGGUUUCUGACCUGCGCGAAUUCCUCAACGAUGCGAAGCUGUCUGAUGUCACUUUCAUCGUGGAGGGAAAGCCAGUGUAUGCACACAAGCUGCUCUGCAUGCGAUGUUCGUACUUCCGGGCCAUGUUCGAGGGGCAGAUGCGUGAGGCACAGCAGAAGACCAUCACCAUCAACAAUGUCUCGCAUCGGGUGUUCCUUGCCUUGCUGGAGUGCCCUCAUCGCGAGGACAUGCAGAAACAAUAA